GCAAUUAAAAGUCUGGAAGAUUUGAUUUCAAAACACACCAUAAAUUUCAAAGGAAGUAAAUCUACAUGAAGAGCUACAAAGGGAGUUGACUUGAGAAGAUACAGUGUUUGCAAAAAUGUCUUCAAGUUGUGUGACUUCAGUGUUUGCUUUGAUGAUUUUGUGCUUUGCAGCUGCAGGUCCUGUGCCUAGGAGUGAAUGUGUCUUAUUGCCUGUUAACAAUUCGCACCCAGUCCAUGCCUUAUUGGAGAGUUUUACAGUCUUAUCUGGCUGUGCAAGCCGAGGCACAACAGGCCUGCCUCAAGAGGUGCACGUCCUCAAUCUCAGAAAUCCCGAGGAGGGUCUUGGCCAUCAUGAAAGAGAGGUCACGUUACAUUUGAAUCCAAUUUCAUCAGUGCAUAUUCACCAGAAGCCUCUGGUGUUUCUUCUCAACUCUCCUUUGCCUCUGGUCUGGAAGCUAAAAACAGAAAGACUGGCACCUGGAAUCCAAAGAGUUUUCUUUGUGUCUUUAGGUUCUGUUGUUCAGUUUGAGAAAGGAAAUUUCUCCUUGUCAGCAGAAACAGAAGAAAAGCUUUUUCCUGAGAAAAAUGAACACCUGCUACAGUGGGCCCAGAAGGAAUAUGGAGCAGUAACAUCUUUCACUGAACUCAAAAUAUCAAGAAACAUCUACAUUAAAGUAGGAGAAGAUCAAGUUUUUCCUCCCUCGUGCAACAUAGAAAAGAAUUUUCUCUCUUUAAAUUACCUUGCGGGAUACCUACAACCAAAAACAGCAGAGGGUUGCCUUAUGUCUAACUUAGUCCAAGAAAGAGAAGUUCAUAUCAUUGAACUAAUCACUCCAAAUUCCAAUCCAUACAGUGUUUUCCAGGUGGAUAUAAUCGUUGACAUUAAACCAUCUCAACCAGGCGCCAAACUUGUCAGAGACAUCGUACUUAUCCUCAAGUGUAAAAAGUCUGUCAAUUGGGUUAUCAAGUCGCAUGAUGUCCAGGGAAAGCUGGAAGUGAUUACAUCAAAUAGUAUUGGUUUUGGAAAGGAAACAGAACGAUCCAUGACUAUGAGUAAAUCAGUAGUACCUGAUAUUCCCUCAUCACAUGAGAGUUUGAUCAAGUGGGCUUAUGAGCAUAACUAUAGUCCAGUUACUUCCUACACAAAAGCCCCUGUUGCAAACAGAUUUCAUCUGCAACUUGAAGAUACGGAAGAGAUGAAUGAUGAAGAAGACCAUUCCCUUCCUCCAGAGCUGACAGAAUUGCUGGGUGCUAACCCACUGCCUGCUCCAAAGAAUCCUGCAUUAAGUGAUGGCCUGACUUUUCCUUUUCACAUUAACAGAGGAAGACAUGACACAGUGGGAGAAGGCAUUUUCCCACCCAGGGAUUCAGUGGAUACAUUAAUAAAUCAUGACUUUGAACAUUCCCUCUCAAAACAUAAAGAACCUGAAGAGGUUCAGGGCAGUGCUGAUGUGGCCCUGUCAAUAAAGUGUGAUGACAAAGUCAUGACGGUAGCUGUAGAAAAAGACUCUCUGCAGGCUAGCGGCUACACAAGGACAGAACUCUCACUGCUGGAUCACUCUUGCAAAGCCAAGAUGAAUGGUACCCAUUUCAUUUUGGAGUCUUUGCUGAACAAAUGCGGGACUCGGACAGCAUAUAUCUUGAACAAGAUUGUUUAUUUUAACUCUAUUGUCAUUCAGCUGUCAUCACCAGCUGAAAGCAGUGGCUUUGAUGAUGAUGACAUGGAAUCGGGUGAUAAUGGAUUUCCAGGGGAUGCUGAUGAGGGAGAUGUUGCUUUCUCAAGCUCGCCUGAAAUAGCGUUUAAUUGCACGCUGCACCAGCCAGAGGAUGACAAAGGCAUGUUCUGGCCUCCUGAACCACGCAUCGCCAAUGUGACCUUCAACAUGGAGCUGUACAAAACAGAUCUGUUCCUUGCUCCCUCCCAAGGACUCUUCUCUGUUGCUGAGAAUGGGCCAGUAUAUGUAGAGGUGUCUGUGACUAAAGCUGACAGAUCCUUGGGCUUUGCCAUUCAAACAUGCUUUGUUUCCCCAUUUUCAAAUCCAGAUAGAAUGUCUGACUACACCAUUAUAGAAAACAUUUGUCCUAAAGAUGAAUCUGUUAAAUUCUACAGCAUUGAGAAGGUGAACUUUCCGAUACCACAUGCACAGAAGGACAAAAAAAGAUUUAGCUUUGUUUUUAAACCAAUGUUCAACAUCUCACUGCUCUUUCUUCACUGCGAGUUGACUUUGUGUACAAAUAAAGACAAAGAUGCUCAAGGACUGCCAAAGUGCAUUCCUCCUGAUGAAGCUUGCACCUCUCUCAAUGUGAAUAUGAUCUUGGCCAUGAUGCACAACAAGAAAACCUUCACCAAGCCACUUGUUGUAAUAACACAUGAAGGAAAACCAGAAGAUCCUUCCCUUCCAAAGCCAAAUGUGAGACAGCAACCUGUGUUCUAUGGUCUGGACACGCUGACUGUCGUGGGCAUUGCCUUUGCGGCAUUUGUAAUUGGAGCCCUGCUAACAGGAGCACUCUGGUUUAUCUACUCUCACACAGGGGAAACAGCAGGAAGACAGCAGGUCCCUACGUCCCCGCCAGCCUCUGAGAACAGCAGUGCAGCGCACAGCAUUGGCAGCACACAGAGCACCCCCUGCUCUAGCAGCAGUGCAACCUAACUCCAGGGGGAACACAGCUGAGGAGCAACAUAGGAGUGCAUGGGUUCAAAGGACUGUGCGUGGACAUCAGCUUUUUGAAGUUAAAAGGAUUGGUUUGGUUGCUUUUGAAAAAAGGAGGAGGAAUUUUCAGGAAAAAAAAAAAAGACUGAUUUUCUUUUGGGGAAGCCACUGUGUGUGUGAGUGUGUAUAUGUGCACACAAUGCAUGGGUAAACACAGCCUGUUGGAUCUUCUAUAGCAUGUUAUGCUACAUGUGACAAAGCUACUAAUUUUACAGUACUGCAACCUGUUCUAGGGGUCCAUGGGCCCUCAAUGUGAAAUCUAUGCCAGUUUGGAAAAAUGCUGCUUUGUCUAUAUUGACUUUUUUCUUUCCCUAAACCUUCUCAUUGACACAAGGUAUUCAUUAAGGGAAUUGAACAAGAUAAGCAGAACAAAGAUGAUCUUAGGUCUAAGCAAGAAAGCCUCGAGGUCAGAUCUCUUUGGUUAAUAACAUUUUAUUACUUCAGCUAUGUUUAGCCACUUUUGAGUAGCCUUCGUUUUGUUAAGCUUACAGCUACAGCAUCUCGUUUGCUUUCCUGUUGUGUUUGCAGCUUCAGGUUUCUUCCAGGUAUUUUUGUUUUAAUAUGCAUUGAUUAGCUAAUGGGAGAAGAGCACACUCUAACAUUCCCUUUCUUCUUCUCUGGGCCAAAGCUCUUUAAUGAGAUAAUUUUUUUUUAAUCUACUAUACCAAAUACAGGCACACACAAA